CCGUCAUCUGUCAUUGUGAUAAACUCUGUGUGUCGCAUUUCUUAUUAUUUUUAGUCCAAUUUAUCUCUACUGAAAGGGUAAAAAUAUUGUGCGUAAAAAAUGUCUGCACAUUUGUCUGCGAUAGAUCUUCUUAAAUUAGGAGAUGAAGAUAGGAAAAAACCCUUUUUAAACCAAAUUUGGCCAUAUGUUAUUGGAGUUCCUUUUGGAAUUGGGUCGGGAAUUAUGAUGAAUUUUGGCACAAGACGACCAAUAUUUAGCGGCAUUCAAAAACACAUCCUUGGAGUGGCCGGUUGGUGUGCGCUUUUAAAUUACGUGCAAAACAAAAGAAAUGAAUAUUUUGCUGAAAAGGACGCAGUCUAUCGCCACUACGUUGAGUUACAUCCCGAAGAUUUCCCUAUUCCAGAGAGAAAAAAACUAGCGGAUGUUUUUGAACCCUGGGUUCCAAUCAGGUAAAUGUUAGAUUAUAUGAAAUAUAAAAUUGAAGUUUCAGCAAAUGCUUAACUUAUAUGUUCACUGGCAAUGUAAACAUGUUAUUAGUCAAUAAAGUCUAGAUAAUAUUCUAUGGA